GUAAAAGAUUUGGCAAUCGUGAAUGAUGGAAGAAGAACAAGAUUCAUCGUUGCUAUUUCAUGAUCAGUAUCAAUUAUUCAACGCCACCCCCACCUCCGAUUCACCUCCAUUAUUCAACCACUGGCGGUCUUGCGGUGGCUCAGCGGCCGUGGCAUCUUCAUCGUCUCAGAUGAUCUUAUUUCAGGAGGGUAAGUUUUGUCCGGCGGCGGCUGAGAUUUGGCCGUUGGUUAAUGUUGGUAGAAAUCCGCCGCGUGCUAAAGAUCACGUUCUGGCUGAGAGGAAACGCCGGGAGAAACUCAGCCAGAGAUUCAUUGCUCUUUCAGCCCUCUUACCUGGCCUUAAGAAGAUGGAUAAAGCCUCAAUUCUAGGAGAUGCAAUCAAGUACAUAAAACAGCUACAAGAACGUGUGGAAUCACUAGAGGAAAUGGGCAAGAACAGCAACAUUGAAUCAGCCAUUUUCAUAAAGAAAUCCCAUUUAUGUAACAACAUGAAUGGUUGUUGUGAUGAUAUUGAUGGCGAAGAACACAAUCACAAAACUGGAUUUUCCGACCAAAAACUAGUGGAAAUGGAAGCCAAAAUCUCAGACAAACAUGUUCUUGUUCGAAUCCACUGUGAGAAACAUGAGGGUUUGUUGGCGAAGUUAUUAGAGGAAAUGGAGAAGCUGAAUUUUAAGAUCAUUAAUGGCAAUGUCUUCCCCUUUGGCAGCUCAACCCAAUAUAUGGUUUUUCUUCUUCAGAGAAAUUCGGACUUUAAUAUAGAAUCAAAAGAGCUCGUACGAAAGUUAGAAGAUGAAUUGUUCAAGUUCAUAACAACAUAACAAUCCGUUGAUCG